GUCCACGGCGGGAGGGCGCGGGCGGGAGGUCAGGCCUAGCGGCGCUCUCGGUGUUCUAGGCGGGCAGGACCCUGUGAGGGCCGCUCUCCCACGGAAGGCAGGAGGGGGUGUCGGAGGGGACCCCCUGACGUGCACAGCUCGAAGAAGGAAGAGAGUUUUGACUAGCCCGCGGGCGAAGGCUGCUUCUCCCUGGCUCUGAGAGAAGGGCGGGAUGGACGGGCUCCUAACUCCCCGGGAGUCCGCAAAAUUCAUUGCGGAGAACAGUCGGCAGGUGUUCAUUGAUGGCGGAGGCGUGCGGCGGGUGGCCGAGCUGCUGCUCCCACAGGUGUCGCGCCCGGAGCUGCGCGUGGAGGGCUGGAAGGCCCUGCACGAACUGAACCCCAGGGUGGCCGACGAGGCCGCGAUCAACUGGGUAUUCGUGGUGGACACGCUCAAUUUCUCCUUCUGGUCGGAGCAGGCCGACCACAAAUGUUUAGUGGGGUACGGGGGGAAAACGUACAGUGGCUACUGGUCUCUCUGCGCCGCGGUCAACCGAGCCCUGGACGAAGGCAUACCAAUAACUAGUGCUUCAUACUAUGCCACGGUGACUCUGGAUCAGGUUCGUCAUAUACUCCGUUCUGACACAGACGUUGCCAUGCCUUUGAUAGAGGAGAGGCAUCGGAUUCUCAAUGAAACUGGGAAAAUUCUGCUUGAGAAGUUUGAAGGCUCUUUUCUUAAUUGUGUCCGGAAAAGUGAAAAAAGUGCACAGAAGCUAUUGCACCUGGUAGUUGAAAACUUUCCUUCAUACAGAGAUGUGACUCAUUUUGAGGGGAAAAGAGUUUCCUUUUACAAACGGGCCCAAAUCCUUGUGGCGGAUACAUGGAGUGUAUUAGAGGGAAAAGGAGAUGGCUGCUUUAAGGACAUCUCCAGUAUCACCAUGUUUGCUGACUAUAGAGUACCUCAGAUUCUUGCUCACCUGGGAGCUCUGAAAUACUCUGAGGAACUGCUGGAGAAACUUCACAAAGGGGAAAUGCUCUCCUAUGGAAGUAAGCCAGAGGUGGAAAUCAGAGGGUGCUCACUUUGGUGUGUUGAGCUAAUCCGGGAUUGUCUUCUUGAGCUUAUUGAGAAAAAAGGUGAAAAACCUGGUGAAGAGAUCAAUUCCAUUCUUCUUGAUUAUUACUUAUGGGACUAUGCACGUGAUCAUAGGGAAGAUAUGAAAGAAAUUCCAUUUCAUCGCACACGUUGCAUAUAUUAUUGACCCAAAAUGUAAACUGAUCCAAAGAAAACCCUUUGCAUUUUUUUCAUACAGUAAUUAAUUUUUGUACAGUACUUGAUUUCUCCCCUUAGGUAUAGUUGCCGUAAUUAUCAUACCAUCAUAUCACCCAUGAUCCAUUAUCACAAUCCCUGUGCUCUUCUGUGCCCUGAUUUGGUCCCCCUCCUGUGCUGUUUGCCUGAUAUCUGUGGUCAGCUUGAAAGUUUUGUCUUUUCUCCUGUCCCUUUGUUUGGUUUCUCUAGAUGCAACAUGUAAGUGAAAACAUCUGGUAUUUUCUUUCUUCUUCUGGCUCGCUUCGCUUAGAAUAAUUCUUUCUAGCUCCAUCCAUGUCGCUGCAUAUGGCAUGAGUUUAUCUUUUUUGAUUACUCAUUAGUGUUUCACUGUGUAUAUAUACCACAUCUUGAUCCAGGGCAUUUAUGUUGUUUUCAUAUCUUAGUUAUUGUAAAUUAUGCUGCUGUAAUCAUAGGAGUGCAGGUUUCCUUUCAAAUUAGUGUUUUUUGUAUCUUUUGGGUAUAUUCCUAGGAGUGGAAUCAAUGGAUCAUAUGGUGGAUUCACUUUUAGUGUUCUGAGGAACCUACACACAGUUUUCCUUAGUGGCUGGGCCAAUUUGCAUUCCCACCAACAUUGUAAGAACCUCUCUGCAUUUUUAUAUCACAUAAUCAUUUAUACAGUUUUGCUUUGCUGUUAAGAGGUUACAAGAACAAGAAAAUUUUUGGUGGAACAAGAAAAUUUUGGAGGAACAAGAAAAUAGAUUACUCACACGCAUUUAAAAGUUUUUUUCCCAACAUAUCAUUGUGUAUCUCUAACUUUAUUCUUUGGCUGCUUGUUUACUUUUAACUUGAGUGAUUUAAGUCUCAGAUUACUUAAAAUCAAUCAUGCCUUAUGUGAUUAGCCUUAAGUAUAUUUUAUCCAUUCAGUUGGUAUAUUGCAGGGUGUAGGAAUUUUCUACAUACCUUACUCUUUUAAUAUAAAAGGGGGGGGGCAAGGCUUUUAUUAUAUGAAUGCUGUUACUUUUGUAAAAAUCAUGACAACUUGCUUUAAAUUUUUUAUUAGUAGUGAUAGUUUCAUACAUGAUGAUUUUCAAUUUAGGGUAUCUGUUUAGUGCUUAUUUUUCAGAGUAACUACAAUGAAAUUGAAUAAAUUAAAAACCUUUCUUAAACUUGAGUGGAUUAUUUAAUUAAAACAAUGUACCAAUA